UUGACUUUCUGACAGCUACAAAUAAGCCAACAUACAAAUUGUUGUUUUUUAAGUCGGCGACGACAAAUCUAAAAAUUUCAGUUUUUUAGGCAAUUAAGACAACGGACGCCUAAAAAGCACACAUUAAAAUCGUAACAAACGUUAUACUUUUGCUUAUAUUACUACAACUUUAACAAAAGCAACCCAACAAAACGCAAAUGCCGUUGCCCAGCGGUUCCUUCUCAGCCACCCAAGGUGGUCCAACAUGUUUUGACAAAAUGAAGACUGGCUUCACCAUUGGCUUCUGCGUGGGUAUGGCUAGCGGUGCACUAUUUGGUGGUUUUUCGGCGCUUAGAUAUGGUUUACGUGGACGUGAACUCAUUAACAAUGUGGGCAAGGUGAUGAUACAAGGCGGCGGCACUUUUGGCACCUUCAUGGCUAUCGGCACGGGCAUACGCUGCUGAUGUACGCAUGCAUUGCUCUCCCCUAAACUGGAUUGCAUUUUUAUUAUGAUUAAUACACUACACCUAGCCCCCCCCCUAUUAUUUCCUUGCACCCAAUACAACUAAGGCUAAGUUUCUAAGUUACCUACGAAUGUAAAUUGCUUUACGAAAUUACGCUAUGUAUAGGUAUUUGCAAUAGACACGUUGUUAAGCCAA